AUGUACAUCACAAUAUAUCUAAUUCUCAUCUUGACUCUACUUACAAGUGUCGUUCAAUGUCAAGGUGGUGGUGGUAAAGGAGGCGGCGGUGGUGGUGGCGGUGGCCAUGCAGACAGCAGCGGAAGUGGUAAAGGAUCAUGUUUUACUCGUGAAUGUACUUUAACAGAAAAGAUUAUUACUUCAUGUGCUAUAAUGGGCCUGCUGGGCUUAAUAAUAUGGAGACUUUGGGCUUGCUAUCGUCGAUACACAGGUGGCAGACCAUCACAAAUGAAUACAGAUUUUAUUCGUGAAAAUUCUCUAGAAAAUCACAACUACAAAAAAGAUCCUUUCGAGACAGGUGUCUGGUCGUUUCGAUAUUGUCAAUAUGGCAAAUGGCAUGGACCUUAUCGAUUAUUAACUUACUUCGAUCGUAGUUUAGGCGAAAUGGUUGGUGAAGGAACAGAUGACGUCGGUAAUUUUACUUUCGAUGGUAUUUUUUCUUCGAAAAAUCUUCGACUAGCUCUAACGCAAAAAUAUAAAGAAGGAACAAGUGAUCCAAAACAGAAUCUCGGUCAUACAUCGACUAUACAAUUAACUUGGAAUUCGAAUAAUAAUCAAUUUGAAGGUAAAUGGUAUGUUCAAACGAAAAAAUACUCUGGAGAUGACAAGUUUGAAUUGAAAUUUGAAGAAAGUUUAGUACAUUUACUCGAAGAAAAGACAGAAUGCUGA